AUGUCACCUUUCACCGUCUCUGUCUUUACGCUUCUGCUCGGUUUCGGGUUUUACCUUUUAAAGACCGUGUUCUGUUUCCUAUAUCACGAAAAACUACUGAUCACAGAUCUGCGAACGUUCCGUGUGUAUAGCAUUCCCAUCAAGCAUAAUGCCGUGCAAGCUACAGAGUUCCGCAAAAUAUCACCGCUUGGAAUCACAGCUAGCUAUUGGGAGCAUGCAGCCAAAGGUUUGGUGAUACUUGAUCCAGGCUUCAAAAACACUGCUGUUAAGGAAAGUCAUAUUACAUAUAUUGAUGGCAAUCGUGGUAUUCUACAAUAUCGCCAGCACCCUAUUGGCCAUCUCUUCGCCCACCAUGACUACGAAGAUGUUGUACAUCUACUAGUAUGGGGGCAUCUUCCCACGAUAGAGGUGAAAAUGAAGUUCAGAAGUCAAGUUGCCAAGUUCAUGGUUCCUGACCAUUCAGUUCUAAGCGUCGUUCAAUCUUUCAACCCAGACACGCCAGCGUAUCUUGUUAUCGCCGCAGGUCUGUCUGCCUGGGUAGCGUCACAUCCUAACACGAUUCCUGUGUAUAGAGGAGAUUCUAUUUACCAGAAAGAUGCCAAUGCUGUUAAUGACGGUGUUGGCCGUGCUAUUGCCGCAUUCACUACAGUUGUCGCAUUGACAUAUUGCCACCAGCAAGGCAGGCCAUUUGACUUCAAGGUAGAUCCAGCACUCUCGAGCAUCGAAAAUCUCCUUGUAAUGAUUGGUCGGGUAGACCAUUGCGGUCUACCAGAAAAGCAGACAGCCCUUGUUCUUAACAAGAUCUGGAUUCUAUUUGCCGACCAUGAAAUGACGAACUCUACUGCCGCAUUCCUGAACGCCACUUCUUGUCUGAGCGACCCCAUGUCAGCGCUUGUCGCUGCUGUAGCUUCGGCGAACGGCCCUCUCCAUGCCGGCGCCAUUGAUCUCGCAUACAAAGGAUUUGAAAAGAUGGGCAACGUAAGCGGCGUCGGGAGGCACAUGGAUGAUGUACGAGCGAAGAAGUGUAGGCUGAUGGGUGUGGGCCACCGUGUUUAUCGGACUGCCGAUCCGAGGAUCUCAUAUCUUCGUUCCAUAAUGGGCGACCUUGAGGCUACGACAUCGCAGAAUCGUCUGCUUGAAGUUGCCCUCGAAAUUGAUCGCAUAGUCGCGACCGAUUCGUACUUCACAUCGAGGGCCUUGAGCAUUAACGCCGACUUGUACUCUUCUUUCGUAUAUGCUGCCCUCGGAUUCGAUCAAAAUAUAUUCACGGCUUUUUCUAUGACUGCAAGAUGUGCUGGUCUUCUCGCACAUUGGAGAGAAGGCAUUGGUGGACAGCCUUGUCUGUGGAGACCUCGACAAAUCUUUACUGGUGAAGUGACUUCAUAG